GCCGCGCUGUCCUCCCUCCUCCUCUCCCUCCGCCCCUCCCCUGGCAGUCGCGCUGCCUGGGAACCCGGGAAGCCGCCUUGCCGCUGCUCAGAGCCCGCAGCUCGGGAGCGGGGACCAGCAUCCAAACCGGGAGACGGGAGCGCGGAGACCACAGCCCUCGGGGGGAUAGGUGGAACAGGGCCCUGGUCUGGCAGAGAGUGUGAGAGUGCGCUCCAGAUCUAGGGCUGCACUCGUGCGCGCGGACCCCGCCAGUCCCAGCCUCAGCCCCAGCCCAAGUGACCGCAGCCAAGGAACCUCCCCGCCUGCGCCCCAAGGCACGCGUGGUACAACCAUGAACACCAACGAAGCCAAGGAGUAUCUGGCCCGGAGGGAAAUCCCUCAGCUUUUCGAGAGCCUUUUGAAUGGACUGAUGUGUUCUAAGCCAGAAGACCCAGUAGAAUAUUUGGAAAGUUGUUUACAGAAAGUGAAGGAACUAGGUGGCUGUGACAAGGUGAAGUGGGAUACAUUUGUCAGCCAGGAGAAGAAGAUCUUACCUCCACUAAAUGGAGGACAGUCACGAAGAUCCUUCCUAAGAAAUGUAAUGCCUGAAAAUUCAAACUUUCCAUAUCGGCGGUAUGAUCGACUCCCUCCAAUCCAUCAAUUCUCCAUAGAAAGUGACACGGAUCUCUCUGAGACUGCAGAGUUAAUUGAGGAGUAUGAGGUUUUUGAUCCUACCAGACCUCGUCCAAAAAUCAUUCUUGUCAUAGGUGGUCCAGGAAGUGGAAAGGGUACUCAGAGUUUGAAAAUUGCAGAACGAUAUGGAUUCCAGUACAUUUCAGUGGGAGAAUUAUUAAGAAAGAAGAUCCACAGCACCAGCAGUAAUAGGAAAUGGAGUCUUAUUGCCAAGAUAAUUACAAAUGGAGAAUUGGCCCCACAGGAAACAACUAUCACAGAGAUAAAACAAAAAUUGAUGCAAAUACCUGAUGAAGAGGGCAUUGUUAUUGAUGGAUUUCCAAGAGACGUUGCCCAGGCACUUUCUUUUGAGGACCAAAUCUGCACCCCUGACCUGGUGGUUUUCCUGGCUUGUGCCAACCAGAGGCUCAAGGAAAGAUUACUGAAGCGUGCAGAACAACAGGGACGUCCAGACGACAAUCUCAAAGCUACCCAAAGAAGACUAAUGAAUUUCAAGCAGAACGCAGCUCCAUUGGUUAAAUACUUCCAGGAGAAGGGGCUCAUCAUGACAUUUGAUGCUGACCGAGACGAGGAUGAGGUGUUCUAUGACAUCAGUAUGGCAGUUGACAGCAAAUUAUUUCCCAACAAAGAAAAUGCAGCAGGUUCAAGUGACUUUGAUCCUUCAAUGAUGUUGGACACUGGAGAGAUCAUUGAUACAGGAUCUGAUUAUGAAGAUCAGGGUGAUGACCAGUUAAAUGUAUUUGGAGAGGACACCAUGGGAGGCUUCAUAGAAGAUUUGAGGAAAUGUAAAAUUAUUUUCAUGAUGGGUGGCCCUGGCUCUGGCAAAGGCACACAGUGUGAAAAACUGGUGGAAAAAUAUGGAUUCACACACCUCUCAACUGGUGAGCUCCUGCGUAAAGAACUGGCAUCAACAUCUGAAAGAAGCAAAUUGAUCAGAGACAUCAUGGAACGUGGCGACCUGGUGCCCUCAGGCAUCGUUCUGGAGCUCCUGAAGGAGGCUAUGGUGGCCAGCCUCAGCAACACCAAGGGCUUCUUGAUUGACGGCUACCCUCGGGAAGUGAAGCAAGGGCAAGAGUUCGGACGCAGGAUCAGAGACCCACACUUGGUGAUCUGCAUGGACUGCUCGGCAGACACCAUGACCAACCGUCUGCUCCAAAGGAGCCAGAGCAGCCCGCGCAUGGACGACGCCUCCAAGACCAUCGCCAAGCGUCUGGAAACCUACUACAGAGCAUCCAUUCCUGUGAUCGCCUACUAUGAGACGAAAACACAACUACGGAAGAUAAAUGCAGAAGGAACGCCAGAAGAAGUUUUUCUUCAGCUCUGCACAGCUAUUGACUCUAUUUUCUGAAGGCGAAAAAUGCAUGUAUGUUCAGAAUGGAGACAAAAAAACAUUAGAAGGUUCAUCUUUUAACA